GAUGAUCAGACAAUGAAUAACGCACAAAUAUAUUUCUAAAAUAUUCAUAAAUAUUGUUAUUUUGCAGUGUUGCACCUAAAAAUCGCAAUAUGGUGUAUGAAAUUCAAGCCUCUUUUAAUUAUCUAAAAAUAAGUACAUGUUUAAUUACCUAUUAGUAUAACAAUGAGGCGACUGCAGUGUAGUAAAUCGAAGAGAAAGUAUCUCAAAAUAUAGUUACGGGUCGAUAUGAGUAUGUCUGUCACAGAUUUAUCCGUCGGAUGCCGUUUCGCGGACUACUUUGCAAUAUGUGGAUUGGAUUUCGAUUCUGGACUAGAGACAGAUCGACUUUCAGGUGACAACUUACACAUCUCACCCUUAGAUCGAUCAUAUAAAGGAAAGGUAUUAGCACAUUACCCAGAUAAUAUACAAACAAAUCUGUUUGAUGAACAUGCUGUUUCUAUGCUCUGUCUGCCAGCUGGUCUCCAAUUUCGCACCCAAAAACAUUCGUUGGAACCAAAGUUUCACAGCUUUGUGGUUACAAGAGAAAAUGCCUCACGUUACUAUGGAUUUAGUCUUAUAUUUUAUGAAGAAGUUCGAAAUAAAAACAUAUGCAGCGCCAUGCAUACAUUGCAGGCGAUGUAUAUAACAGAGCUUUCAAGCGGCCAAACACCCCCUGGCCAUAGAAAGAACUCUGUAAAGGAGAGCUCUAGAUCACUACCUCGGUCUUUCAAACUGGCUCCACACACCGGGGCUGCUCUCACAUAUUUUGAUAUUACCAAAGACAAACUAUAUGUUGCCAAAAGUGUCGCUCUUAUUUGCCAAUACCCCUUUGUGAGGGUGGCACAGCUGUUUUUAGAAAAUUUAUUUAGGUCAUUACCAAGGCAGCCCGGGCCAGGUUUAAGUCCAGAAUCAUAUGUUUACAAUCUGUUAUAUGAGGUGCCAGUCCCAUUACCAGGACAGGCCCUACGUCUAUAUGUACCACCAUCGGAACCACACCUCAAACCUAUUCCUGUUGUUAUACGAAUGCCUAACCCACCAGAGGAGUUACCAUUACUUGAUUAUCCAUUGCGUGUGAUGUUCAAUUUGUUGGGCGUUGAAUGUGUCGUGCAAUUGUUUUCCUGUGUGCUCUUAGAACACCAAGUGUUACUUAAGUCUAGUGAUUAUAAUAAGCUAAUGCUAGUCGCAGAAUGUAUAGUGUCGCUUUUAUUACCAUUCUCGUGGGCGCACGUCUACGUGCCAAUAUUGCCAGCACCAUUAUUUCAUUUUCUUGAUGCACCCGUUCCAUUCGUAAUGGGUGUUCAUUCAGAUGGAACAGCCGUCUUAGGACCCAACAGUCCGAGGAAUAUUGCCUUAGGGUCUGAAGCCGCAUUAUGCCUCGUGGAUAUUGAUAAACCCGAUAUACAACUACCCGAAGAACUGCCAAUAUUCCCACAUAGGACACCAUUUGUUGAGGAAAUAAACCAUGUGUUAGAUAAGCAUCAGAUACAAAGACCUGAAACCGAGCCUACCAAACUAGGAGCUGUGUUGAAUGGAUACUCUUACAAACACAACGCGAAUGACGGAAUGAGCAGCAGUUGUACGCUACCAUCAGGUGGUCUCCGCCGGAAGCACUCCUUCCACGAUGUUCUGGACUGGGAUGAGAGUCGUCCGUUGAAUGCGUCUCCGCCUGCGUCACCCACCCGCUCUCCCAUACACCCGCGACGCAUUGACGCCCUCCAGAGAAUUGUCGAUAUUGUUAAACGGACUGGUGUGAACAUUGAUGACGUGGAUGCGGAUACAGUGAUGCCAACGACGAAAAAGAAAAUAAUGAAUGACGAGGAGCAGUAUAACGAAGAUAUACGAUUCAACAUCGCCAUUAGGGAAACGUUUCUCAAUAGAUUUGUGCAUAUGUUUCUGAUGUAUGAAAACUUCGUUAUAAUGCCAGAUCAGGAUCGCGAAUCGUGGUUAUCCUCUCGGGAGUCGAUGGUGAAUUUCGACAAAGCUUCCUUCCUCUCCGAUCAGCCACAACGUCACCGGCCGUUUCUAUCACGUUUUCUCGAAACACAAAUGUUUGCGACGCUCGUCGACAACAAGAUCAUGGCGAAUUGGGGCGAGUACGAUGCUAACCUUCAGGUCUUCGAGCAUAGAAUUAAAAUCGUCAGACGACGGCUGGGUGAAGGGGGACUCGCGACACGCGGUUACAGCGUGUGGGCUGGCCCGGGUGUGAACGCCCAUAGCGUAUGGAGUCCCGCCGAGCUAGAGGUGGCCGCUCCCGGCGAGCGGCUCCCUCACCGCGCGGCUUAUUACCGCGCGUUUCCGGCGCGUUUAGACGCCUCAGCGUUAGCGCCGCCGCCUACCUCGGACCGAAGAACGAAUAGUUUGAAACGCAUAAAGAACGCAAAGUGGCAAGUGAAGGAUUGUCCACCGGAGCUGUUGCUCGGUGAUAUCGGGAGACGACUGUCCACAGAGGUGACGCCUGCUGCUAUAGCGCAGAAUCACAGGGCGUUCGUUGAGAAAUUACUAAAGGAAUGCAAAAGCAAGACGAAAAGGAUGCUGCUUGAAAAGAUGGGCACAGAAGAAAGUGAUUUAGGUCUAGGACCAGAGGUUUCGAUAACCGGAGUAGAGGAAAACACGAUGAUAGCGUCUCUGUGUGACCUGCUGGAGAGAAUGUGGUCGCAUGGAGUUCAGCAUAAGAUGGGGAAGUCGGCGCUAUGGAUGCAUCUGUUAAAUUAUCAGGAGUUAGAGCAGUGCAGCAACUCAACGCAACCAAUUGACCCAAAUUAUCUCACACCAGCAUUAGCUUGGUGUGUUUUACGGAAGAGACUGGAUUAUCUGUCAUCAGUGGGCGCGGAAGUUGAGGCCCAGCAGAGUGCAGCCGCGAACCGUUCCCGAGAUAGUUCCCGGGGCGGGUCUCGAGACAGCUCUCGGGAUAGACUCAGCAACUCAAGCACUUUGGAACGGAGAUCUUCGCAACCGACUAACCCUUUACGGCCGCUACCAGAAAAUCUCACCUUUGACAUGAGAAACGUCCAAGCAAUGACUGAUAUCAAGACAGAGAUUGGUUACGCCCGGGCGUGGGUGAGACUCUCACUUGAAAAGAAAUUGCUCUCCAAACAUCUGAGGGAGCUUCUAUCUGACACCACCUUGUUGCGGUCGCAGUACAAGAGGACGGCUUUCUUGCGGUGCGAGGAGGAGAGAGAACAGUUUCUCUAUCACUUGUUAACUUUAAAUGCUGUGGAUUAUAAUUGUUUCACGAACACUUAUCCUACUACAAAACUGCCGUAUAGAGUGUUCAUUGUCCCUUCUCGUAAAGCGAGUCAAACAACAGCCAACUGUUGGCUAUCCAUAUCCGGAGCGAACGGGGAGUCCACACCAAAGAUACCAAUACCACGGAACACCAAUGAGUUUGUAUUUCACCAUAAAAACUUGGGCGUCCUGUCCACUCUGCGCAUUGGUCACGAUAACUCCGGCUUGUCUCCGCGAUGGCUGCUGGAUCAUAUUUAUGCGAGGAAUGAGGUCACUGGACGCACAUAUUUUUUCCCGUGCAACCGCUGGUUUGGUACGGGCGUAGACGACGGGUCCACAGAGCGAGUGCUGGUGGCGGCCAGGUCCCGCCCCGAGCGACCGUCGCGACUCUCCGAGCAGGCGCAACUGUCACAGUCACACAACGCCCUGUCGCCCACUACCACGCAUCUCUCUACAUCUACCAUCCAGCACAUGAUAGGUGACUGUGUCAACGCUAUAGUGAAAUGGCACUACCAGACCAAACGCGAAAAGGACGCAAAUUCUUUGAGCGUGCUGCUGUGCGGAGAAAAUGGUCUGGUGAAAUGUCUAGAACAGGCGUUUUUGUGUGGCUUUAAGUCUGCCCGACUGUUUGGAAAGAAUCUCUUUAUUUGGGACUAUUUUACGCGAGUAAAGGACGAGUUCAAGAUGAGUCUAUGCGACGAAGGGAAUAUUCAAGCGAACAAGGGCUGUGGUGUAUCGUACAACUGCAGACAGGACCAGGAACACAGGGCUAUAUGGAGGUGCUAUUGCCAUCUGAUGGACGAGAUCAACUCUGUGGGACGGACGCUCGGGAAGGACGGAAAGUUUCAACUGUUCGUUUGUCUAAGUCUGCGAGAACACUGGCUUCACAGAAUGCUCGUACCGAUGUCGAUGACCCGCGUCACCGUCGAGAUGUACGAAGAGCAAAGUUUCCUCCGCAAACGCGGCUUACUGACAUUCCUGAAACAAAUACUGGAACCGCUCGACGAGUUCGACAUCGUUCUCGAAAAUUCUCUCACUCAAGGCAUAUAGAGUUGCGUGACCCUAGAACUAUUAUAUUUUCUUAUCUAGUAUUUAUGUAGCGUACUAUUCGUGAUUGAUGUAGAUUUGAUGUGAUUUAAAUCAUUAAUUUGGUGAUGUUCUAAAGAAUACUCUUAAGAAAUCCAGUCUCUGAAAUACUCAUAGUGUUAAGAAGUACAUAUUUUGUCUUUAAGUGUUAUUUUUAUUGAAGUAGGCGUUACUUUGCGGAAAUCCAGAAUUAUCCAAAUGUUUUAAGUUUUCUUUUUAAACAAUUCGACACGUGUUUCGCCUGUGUUUUAUUAU